CCACUUCGUGCCUAAGACCUGCAUGCUUUCUGUCUCCUGGUCUGACCAAAACCAGGUUCUCGUUUACAGGACGUUUGAAGAAUUUAAGACCCUCCACAAAGGACUGAAGAGAAAAUUCCCCAUUGAGAGUGGCUUGUUGAAAAAGUCCGACCGGACCCUCCCAAGAUUUCGAGAUGCAAAUGCAGUGCUGAGGAAGAAUCAGAAGUUGAGCAGGUGCAUGGAGAGUCUGAGGCUGCUGGAGGUUUAUUGCCAGGAACUGUUGAAGACUCAAGCCAAAAUCUCCCAGGGAGAAGAUGUGAUUACGUUUCUUGAAGCCCAGAGCCAGGAUCUGGAGCCUUCCUUUCCAGAAAACAGCGUCAUCAUUUUGCCUUCUGAAAUGGGAGAGAAGAAGAAAGAGCCACCCAGGACAUCCAGCCUGACCAUCACGCAGCCGGUCGUCUCCCAGAUUUACCAAUGCGUGGCACCCUUUAGAACCAGAGACACCCAGAACAAGCCCUUUGAAGCCACCCAGGCAGAAAAGCUUGAAGUGCUGAUGAAAGACCCGACAGGAUGGUGGCUGGUGGAAAACAAACGAAAGCAAAUAGCCUGGUUCCCGGCUCCGUACCUGGAGGACAGCAAAGAAAUACCUGUCAUGGAGGAAAACAACGAGGAAGGGAUGCUGUAUUAUGUCACCCAGGCUUACAGAGCCAAGGAACCAGAUGAACUUUCCAUCAAGACUGGGAUUGUGGUGGAAGUGCUUGAGAAAUCAGACAGUGGCUGGUGGCUUGCUUGGUAUGACGGCACCGCAGGCUUCAUUCCCUCCAUGUUUCUCCAGCCGUACAGAAACCCUCACAGCAAAUUCCUGGCUCUCGCGUCUCGCUCCUUGUGCAGCUCCCUGCCAAACCUCACAGAAGCCCCUGGUCUCAGCAGCAAGAAUUUUGCAGCCCAGCAAAAGAGGAACCAGGUUUAUCUGAACCAGAUGAUGCAAAGCAAAGACACUGGAUCACUCGAAGGCAAAGGGGUUCGUUCUCCGACUACAGCUGCCACCAUAGGGAGUUCCAGUUCAACCUCUGAGACAGACAGUUGGUCCAGCAGCUCAGGGAACGUGAGUGACCAAGGGUUCUGCGGCCCCUCAGAUCCUGAGAGCAAUAUUGUCCUCACAGAGUCCUACCACCAGACCCCUGGGAGCCCAGGAAGCUCCUCCGUAAGCAAGCAGCAAAACAAUUCAGGCUCUGAAGAGGAGACUUCUAGGGACCCCGUUCAUCCCCUUCCCUCUGGUAUGUGCCCCUUGCCUAGGGGCCCUGUUGUGCCCCCGCGCCCCUCCCCUCAUGAAAUCCUCCAGAAAUGCAGCAGCCCAACCAGAAGAGCUCUGCAGAGAUCACUGGAGCAGCCCAGCGGCCCUGCCUGCUCUCACGUGUAUUCAUGAGGAGUACCAGAGAGCAAAUGGAAAGCAAAGAAGGUGCCAUCUUACGUCACUGGGUUGAGAUUUAUGUAUGUAGAAGAUACCUGUUGUGUGUGGAGGGAAUCACCCAGUUCUUUAUGCAGGGUUAGAAUUUGAAUGUCCUUCCAUAAUCAGAGGAGCUGGCUGAAGUGGCUAAAAGGAGGGCCUUCUUCCAGAGACACACCUCAGUUCUCCUAAAGCGAGAGCCAGCUGAAAGCUAAAAGCACCAUCCACUUUAAGAACUUUAAUUUAGACGCCAGUCGCUUGAAUGGAAAGGAGAGGACAUUUUUCAUCAGGCUGGAUGACAUCACUGACUGCAAUGGGGUGCGAUUUGGCCUCGCCAGAUGGGGCAGGCAUUCUUUUGUGGGCACCGAGAACAUCUUGUGAAGGACUACAAUGGAGCUUAACUUACUUCUGCCUGAACAAAAGAUACGGGCAGGUAGAACUGGCUUUUCUGGUAGUCCUAUUUUCUACUCAACUAUCAAAAUCCACUAGUUGUUCACUGCUGUAUCCAAGUGGGGUCAGCAAAAGAUAUUUAUUUAAAAUUAACUAACAUAAUAUACUGGAAUGGAGGCAAUUGAGUAUUUUUAUUUUACUAUAUUCCUUUCUGUGUUACUUAUUAAUGUAUUUUAAUAUUUUUAGUAACUUUGUAUCUGCCCAGAGGUUUGGGGGUUAUUAGGCAUAUUACAAAUAUGAAUUAAUAAAACUGCAUGUAGCUAAUAUGCUGUCUUUUCAGAUUCUAAACAAUCCGCGUGUGAAAAUUAAAACAACUGCCUUAGUUUGCAAUUUCUUUGGAAAGUCACCUUGUCUCUUCCUAUUUAAAAAAAAGUCAAUACACUGCCUUUCAUGCACAGCCUUUCCUCCCGAGUAAACACACAGUGGUCCGUGCUGCACUGUCACUUCUGUUACCUGCAGAGCCAAAACUCUUCUGUUGCAGUGAAUAACUUCAUCUAUUUAUGAACAGUUAUCAGUGUGUAUAUUAAAGUUGUAAGCUGUAAAACUUGCUGUUAGACAUCUAAAUUUAAAUAAACAAA